AUGUUUUUCGAUAUUUAUCGAAAAAAUAUCGACCGAGAAAAUUUUGGUUUUUUCGAUAUUUUUCGGUAUUCGGACUGUACAAGUGCAGGACAAUGUUUGUGUUUUGAUGGAUGGACAGGGAAAGCAUGUGAUCUUCGUACACCAACUCGCCGAACAGAUAAUCAUCAUUCCCCUUCAUUAGAAUUUUCUUCUCUUCGUGAUAUUUCAACUCGUUUUGUUGGUGUUAGUGAUGGAAAAGUUAUUUUAGAGACAACGACUUUAUUAAUUAUUCUUUUAUUUGUUGGAUUACUUUUAUUAUUAUUUCUAUUAUUUCUUUUGCUUUUUUAUCGGAGAAGUUCGGCUGAUGCAUUUCAACAUGCAAAUAUACAAUUUAAACAAGCAACAACUACAACUGCGGAUGAAGAGGAAAGCAAAAAUGAAAAUGAGAGAAAUAAUGCUAGAACUAUAAAAUUUGGACAAAUGCCAAGUUGGAGGGAAGAAAAACGUACAAGAAAAACAAACAAAAGAGUUUAUGAUGCUCUCCAAAGAAUUACUGAGGCGAAUGAGGUAAAAGUGGAAAGGGAGUUUUGGAAAAUGAUUUUAAGAGGGUAA